AAUCAAGUUCGUAUACAAAACCCAAGAAAGAAUCUUCCCCAAAAUCCAUUGUGGCCGUCCCAAUAUAUAUACAGUUGGAUUUUUGUUUUUUGCAUCUCUCUGAUUCCCUUUUAUCUCUUCCCCCUUUUCCUCCCUUCUUAUAUAGGGUAUAUACCCCAUAUUAUGCCUACAGCCUAUAUAGCAUAAGCCACCAUAGCUAAAUUUGGUGAAUUUGAUGAUUUGGGUCGGUUAAAAAUCCAAUCUUUAUAAUACCCUUUUGAAAUCUCAGCUCAGAUUUGUAAGUUCGACAGUGAGGAACUUGUUCUGGACUUGAAUUCCAAACAGGGAGUGGUUUUGGUCUCUUGGGUGCUGUUAAUUGAGAGUUCAACUUGAGCUAGACUUCAGUUUGGAAAGAUGGAUACGCAGAAUCUGGAACAUGGACAAGUAAUUGAGGUGAGUGUUGACAUAACAGGUCAAGAGAAGGGGACUAAAAUCUGUGGUUCAGGACCGUGUGGAUUCUCAGAUGUUAACACCAUGUCUAAGGAUGCACAGGAGAGAUCAGCAUCUAUGAGGAAACUGUUCAUUGCGGUUGUCCUAUGCAUCAUUUUUAUGGCUGUCGAGGUUGUCGGAGGUAUUAAAGCCAACAGUCUUGCAAUUUUGACGGAUGCGGCUCAUCUAUUGUCAGAUGUUGCAGCUUUUGCAAUAUCCUUGUUUUCACUCUGGGCAUCAGGAUGGGAGGCUAAUCCACGCCAGUCCUAUGGGUUUUUUAGAAUUGAGAUACUUGGGGCACUAGUUUCUAUCCAAAUGAUAUGGCUUCUAGCUGGGAUCCUUGUUUACGAAGCCAUUGCUCGACUUAUACAUGAUACAGGUGAAGUUCAAGGUUUCCUCAUGUUUGUGGUGUCUGCAUUUGGAUUAGGAGUGAACCUCAUCAUGGCACUCUUGCUAGGUCAUGAUCACGGCCACGGCCACGGCCAUGGACACAGCCACGGUCAUGACCACGGCCAUGAACACAGUCAUAGUCAUGAAGAGCAUGCUCAUAGCCACGGUGAUCAUGAACAUGCCCACGGUGAGCAUAAACAUAUACAUGGAAUUAGUGUUAGCCGACACCAUCACCAUAAUGAGGGACCUUCAAACCGAGAUCAACACAUCCAUGCACACGACGCUGACAACACUGUGCCUCUACUUAAGGAUUCCUGUGAGGGUGAAGGUGAAAAGAAAAAGAAGCAGCGGAAUAUAAAUGUUCAGGGGGCUUAUCUUCAUGUAUUAGGAGAUUCUAUUCAGAGCAUAGGCGUCAUGAUUGGAGGAGCUAUCAUAUGGUAUAAACCAGAAUGGAAAAUCAUUGAUCCCAUCUGCACUCUCAUUUUCUCUGUCAUUGUUCUUGCCACAACCAUUAGGAUGAUUCGGAGUAUUCUUGAAGUAUUAAUGGAGAGCACACCUAGAGAAAUCGACGCAACAAGGCUUGAGAAGGGUCUUUGUGAGAUGGAAGAGGUUGUUGCAAUCCAUGAAUUGCAUAUUUGGGCGAUUACAGUCGGGAAAGUACUCUUGGCUUGCCAUGUCAAGAUUAAACCUGAUGCUGAUGCUGACAUGGUGCUGGAUAAGGUUAUCGAUUAUAUUAGAAGGGAAUAUAACAUUAGCCACGUUACCAUUCAAAUAGAAAGAGAGUAGUGUGGAGGUAAAGUUUGUUUGCCUGUUGUACUCGUCAUUGGCUUCUAUAUUUUUUCGGAUAUUAGUUGAAACAGUAAAACAUCAUCUGGCUAAGCGAUUCCAGUAUCUGUUUCGUUUUAGUAAAUCAUGGUCUUUUAGCAUGUUGGCUUGCUUUACUUCUCCAUGAAUCAAUAUCCUCAAGUUCAGUUGAACUUCA